GAAAACGCCAUUUUCGGUAAAACGUUUCUGCGUUAAGGACGUGUGAGUUUUCUCAACUAUUUACUAUAAUUAAAAGUUUAUUUAUAAUUGAUAAUAUUUUCUAAAAUUAAUUUAGAAAAAUCGAAAAUUAACGUACGUGAAAAAAUUGAUUCAUAAAUUAAAUAAAUAUUGAUCGAUAUUUGUUGUUUGUCGUGUGCUAAUGCGAGGCAUUUCAGAAAGUUCACCAAGUCACACAAUGGCGGAGGAUUUUGAUGUGGAGGCGAUGCUGGAGGCACCAUAUAGAAAAGGGGAGCAAGAUUCUUCCAAAGAAAAGUCAUCCAAGGAAAAUGGAACCAGUCGCAAGACAUCUGGAAAGAGUAAACAUCGGUCCAGGAGUCGUUCAAGGUCCCGCGAUCGUCGAGACAAGGACAGAAAAGAUCGCGACAGAGAUCGUGACAGGGACAGAGAUCGUGAUCGAGAGAGGGAUCGAGACAGAGACAGGGACAGAGGAGAUCGCGACAGAGAUAGGGACAGAGGAGAUCGUGAUCGUGAUCGUGAGCGGGUUCGAGAUCAUGAUCGGGACCGCAAACGAAGAUCUCGUUCACGUGAAAAACGUGAUAGGGAGAGAGAUGAUAAAGACAGGGAUAGAAAGGACAGAGAUCGCGAUCGGGAUCGAGAGAGGAGAAGAAAGAGAUCUCUUACGCCCAUCACUCUUCCCAGAGCCCGUCCUCCAUUUGGAAGAGGUGUCAGUCCAUUAGGAAUAAGGAAUGAUGAAUUAACGCCUGAAGAGCGCGACGCGCGAACUGUGUUUUGUAUGCAGUUAAGUCAGAGGAUACGAGCACGUGAUUUAGAAGAAUUUUUCUCGAGUGUUGGGAAAGUUCAAGAUGUACGGCUUAUUACCUGCAACAAAACGAGGCGUUUCAAAGGAAUUUCUUAUGUUGAAUUCAAGGACCCUGAAAGUGUUACACUGGCUCUGGGGCUGUCGGGACAAAAAUUAUUGGGCGUUCCUAUUGUCGUGCAACACACGCAAGCGGAAAAAAAUCGAAUGGGAAAUUCAAUGCCUAAUUUAAUGCCAAAAGGUCAAACUGGUCCGAUGCGAUUGUACGUUGGCUCGUUGCACUUUAACAUUACAGAAGACAUGCUUCGGGGGAUUUUCGAACCAUUUGGAAAAAUCGACAAUAUUCAACUUAUCAUGGAUCCGGAAACUGGACGAAGUAAAGGAUAUGGUUUUCUCACUUUUAGGAAUUCGGACGAUGCAAAGAAAGCUUUGGAGCAAUUGAAUGGUUUCGAACUUGCUGGUAGACCGAUGAAAGUUGGCAACGUUACGGAGAGGACAGAUUUGAUGCAAGGGCCGUCUCUUCUUGAUACGGACGAAUUGGAUCGAAGUGGCAUAGAUCUCGGCGCUACUGGAAGAUUACAGUUAAUGUUCAAGUUGGCGGAAGGAACAGGUCUAGAAAUUCCACAAGCUGCCGCUAAUGCUUUAAAUAUGGCACCAACUCUGUCAACUCCACAACCUCCACCACAAGCCGCGCCACCAAUUGCUACUCAGUGUUUCAUGCUUUCCAACAUGUUCGAUCCACAAAACGAGACUAAUCCAACAUGGGCGAAGGAAAUUCGUGACGACGUAAUUGAAGAGUGUAAUAAACAUGGAGGAGUUUUGCAUGUCUACGUGGAUCAGGCAUCACCUCAGGGUAAUGUUUAUGUGAAAUGUCCAUCGAUUGCUACGGCAGUGGCUGCGGUGAAUUCGCUGCACGGUCGUUGGUUCGCGGGACGUGUUAUAACCGCAGCUUAUGUACCAGUUGUCAACUAUCAUUCAUUAUUUCCUGACGCAAUGACUGCCCUUCAACUACUUGUUCCCAGUGCACCGAGACGAGGUAGUAUAUGAUCAUAAAUAAAAAAGAAAAUAUGAAUAACCUCGUCUGUGAUUUAUCGUAGUUUUGACUACCAUCAAUAUUCCUUUCGCUACGCUCUUUUUCUUUUAAACGCAAAACAUUUAAUUAUAUCUUUAUUUUUAUUUUUUUUAAACUAAUACAUUUCGCAUAAAUUUUCUUUAUUCUCAGGUAUAUUGAUUAGCGAAAGGAUUAUUAUAAAAAAAAUAAUUAAAUAACGCACCAUUUAUAACUUCGCAUAAAGCGUGUUACAAUUUGUAGUGAAAUUUCUUUUUUCUCCUUGGGGAAAUAUUAAUUGAAAUUCACUGUUGAAUAUGUUAUUUUUCCUUUGUCAUUGUUUUAAUGCAUUGUAAUAUUACAGUUACACUAUGUGUAAUAUUUUCAUUGAGAUAUUUUUGAAAAAAGCACUUUCGUUGACUUUUUUUUAGACGUAAGAUUACAAAUGGUUCGUAGUUUUGUUACAUUUCUACGAUGAUAAAUUAGAACUGAGAUCUGCAGAAAAAGAAAUUAGUAUUUUUACAUUUUAUAGUCGUGUCAUUUUGUGCUAUUUGAAAUAUUUUUUUCCAAGUUAUAUUUGAAAAAGACAAUCUGUAAUAUAUGCAAAUAAUAGUCAUUUAAUAAAGAAAAUGCACAUCUGAAAGGAUCAUUGCAAAAAAAAAAAAAAAAAAAAAAAAAAAAAAAAAAAGAAAUAAUUGCUACGAAUAUUCAGAGAAAGUAAUUAUGUCGAAGAAAGAAUAAUACUAUCGAGAAAUAUUUCGAAGAUGUGUAUAUUUGUAUUUUUAAUAUUUUAUUUUUUCCAUAAAAUUCUUUCUAAACUCUAGCAAUCUUAUGAAAUGAAAUAACUUUUCUUGUAAAUACAUUACUUUGUAUUUAACAUUUUCUCUGAUUUUAAUUUAUAAACAUGGUGGUACUUGUUUGAAUUUUGAUUCAAAAGAGAAAAAGUUUUGAAAAAUAAAUCUGCAGAUCUCGUGUAUGUUCUCGAAGUAACGAUGAAAACUGUAUAUAAUUUUUGUAAAUGAAUAAAUAGACGAAAAAUUACUUUAGGUAAUGUAUCUUUUAACAUGGGAUGUAUUCUUUUGAUUCUUCUAUAAAUUAUGUUAAUGUGAAAAA